CUGCUCAGACAGCUUCCGCUCGCCCUCCACGCGCGCAACUUCAGCUUACGCCUGAGCGAUCUGUAUCGCUGCCUUAUCCUCGAUGCGCGCAACUUCAGCUUUCGCCCGAGUCUCGUCAAAGGUCGAGACAGCGUAAGCCGUGGCACUAGCAGCUGCCACCACCACGCCAACAGCCGAGUAGUCUAUGAUGGACUGCUUUCUCCACCACUUUCUACCGCUCACCUUGUCCGCACGUGGACCUACCUCACUCUAGAAAAUCUCUUGUACGGCUGUGGCAAAUUUGAUCCGAUCAGCAGCACCGAUAUAUUGAAGGAAAAGAGGAGCCUGAUAAGUGUGAUCAAGCCAGCGUGAUUAUUGGAAAGGGUAAACUUGGGGAAGCGCUGGUUCAGUGGGGGGGUAUGGGAGUAGACGAUCUGCUUCUCGGGCGUGACGACUGUUUACCCACCGUCUUGACUGUCUCCAAUGGCUGUGCCUUGAAUAUGUUUCCUAUCGAUGUAUGUGUACCAGAGUGGGAGGUGGAAAGUGUGAUCCUUGGUUGUCCCAAGGAGAAGCCGAACGACUUGGUCUUCAUGCAGUCGGCGUGCCUGGAAACUCUCUUGAAGAGGUACGGGUGGGCGAAUAAGAAGACUACACAGUGCCUCCCUGACUUCUCGAUCUCUCCCUUUGGGUUUGGGUUAGUGAGAACCCUGUGUGGGGGCGUCAAACUUUGUCAGCUUAUCUGGAGAGACUUGAAAAUUUUGAUUCUUGAAGGCCAGAAUAUGAAGUUCAACUGAUUACCUUGCAGCAUCCUAGAA